AUGUUGCAAAUGAAAUAAGUUCAGAGUAUUCUGUUUCAACAUCAGAAGUAUCAGAGUUAUCUAUUAUCAAUCCAGUUGACUCACAAAAAAACAAGUCUUCUGUCUGGGCACAUUUUUCUUUAUUAACAAAUAAACAAAAAGCUAUAUGCAAUUAUUGUAAAUACCAACUAAGUCAUAAAAAGAGUACCAGAAUGUCUCACCUUCACCGUCACCUCAAAUCAUGCAGAAAGUAUCAAAAAUCAGUUUUCAAAAAAGGUUCAGCAGAACUACCUAAAGGUCAAAUGCAAUUGGAGUUUAGUCCAACAAUCAAACCUUCAAAUGACUCAAUUCGAAAAAACUUAGUUGAUAUGAUAAUUAGAGAUGAACUAAGUUUUCAUGCUGAUAUGGUAAAGCGAGAUGUCAUAAAAGCAUAUGAUAUAAGAAAGGUUUAUAUCAAAGAAAUCCUUCAAAAUGCAAAGGGCAAAAUCUCUCUAACUUGUGAUAUUUGGAGGUUGCUUCAACAACUUGAAUAUCUAUCAAUUACUGCACACUUUCUUGAUAAAAACUGGAAUCUUAUUUUUAUUUUACUAUUAUUUAGAUUAAUUCCCUUUCCCCAUUCUGGAAUCAAUAUUGCCAAUUGCAUUAAAGUAGCAACAGAUAAGUAUUUAAUUACUAAUAAGCUACAAACUAUUACUCUUGAUAAUGCAAGUUCAAAUGAUGUUGCAAUUCAUGAAUUGGCAGAUCAUAUUUUCCAAAAUUUUUAUAGUAAUAUGAAUCUUUGUGAAUAUAAAUCUGAAAGUCUUGUAAUUCCAUCAUUAGAUUGCGAUACUCGUUGGAAUUUUACAUAUAAAAUGUUACAAUUAGCAAUAAAAAUAAAAAAUGUGAUUAUUAGAAUGAAAGAUCGUAACAAAACCUUUCCCAAUAUACCAGAUGAAAAGGAAUGGAAAAAGGCAGAUAAUAUUUAUACUCUUAAAACAUCAGCAAAUUCCAAUCCAACUCUUAAUAAUGCCUUUGCCUCUAUCUUGAAUAUUCAUACUCAUCUUCUCAGCAUGAGAUUCCAUACUAAAGAUUUUAUUCGUAACAUUUGUGAACCUAUGAUAGAAAAGUUUAAUAAGUAUUAG